AAAUGACGCCUGCUCUUAUUAAAAAUGAAAAGAUUUCAGGAUAAAUCAAGCUCUUUGCACGUCUCCCGAAGAAAACAGUGUCAAAAAGAAAUGCUAACAAAGCUACACGUUUUCUAGCUCUAUGAUGUUCUACAGAGGAAAAAUCGUAAAAUCCAAGUGGUUUCGUAAAGUAUUAGGAUAUUGGAAUCCAAUAUGGCGUACUUGGCAUAAAUAUCUUGGCCUUACAACGAUUCCUGGUUUACAAAGUGUUCACAAUGCUCAAGGAAAAUUUGCCACUAUCGCCUGGUCUAUUCUUUUCGUGAUUGGUCUAGCUUGUACGAUUCGAGAUGUUUAUAUCAGUUGGAUGGAUUACUUGGCAUAUCCAGUCAUUACAACUAUAAAUAUCAAGCAAGCGACUUCUUUACCAUUUCCUGCUGUCACUGUUUGCAAUCUGAAUCCCGUACACUGCGGUAAUUUACGAAGACUUGCAAGAAGAAACCGGGACACGGAUCUAGGAGAUCGAUUGCAAGAAUUAUACGAUAUGACUAGUUGCAUUGAACUUCAUUGGAAACCAAGAAGAGAUAAUACUAUAAAAAUUAAUAGUAUUCUUAGAUCAAAACGAUCAGAUAAGUUAAUCACAGGAGAAGUCAAAAUAUCUUCUAAUACGACAAAGACUACGAUAGAAUCAAUUGCUGCAGUAACAGUAUCAAUUGGCGAAGAUGAUGAAAAAAAGCCAGUUAAUCAAACGAGAUCGUUUAAUGAUCUUAUGAAUUUUAUGGCACUAUAUACUAACUUUUCUGAAGAGCAUCGCUCCGCGAUGGGACACGACACAGAUGAGUUCAUAAGAGCUUGUACUUUUAGUGGAAAGUCUUGCAGCAAUGUUACCCUGUUCUUUAGGCCUCUCUUAAGCACAACUUUUGGAAAUUGUUUUACAUUCAUGACUACUAGAAAAACAGUAAUGCCCGGCAAGGAUUACGGUUUGUCUCUGGAAUUGUUUCUUGAUCAAAGAAAUUAUAUCGGGGGUGGUUUGAGCCCAAGAGCUGGUGCACGGGUUGUUGUGCAUGCACCGUCGAUGUUACCAUUGCCAGAUGCAAAUGGGGUAACAGUACCACCCCAUACAGCAACGGGCCUUGCAUUGAUGGAGGUCCGAUUGAAUAGGGAGAAAUUACCGUAUAGUACCAAUUGUACGUCAGGCUGGGAGCGCACUUGGUAUGCCUCCAGAAUAACUGAUUCGUACCCUUACACAAUGGAGCGCUGCCAACGUGUUUGCUUACAACUGGCUUUUGAAGAAAGCUGCUCCUGUACUCAUCCAAAUUACAUGGAUCUGGCUACUGAGGCUUUUCCGUGUAACUUAACGUCGGAACAUCAGAAUUAUGCUUGCGCAAGUCAAGUACUAGAUGAGUUUGAAAACUCCAUAAGAACUUGCAGCUGUAAUAUGGAUUGCAGGGUUUUUGAUUUCAGAGAAACAAUGUAUGAAAUGAAAAUAUCUCAGGCUACUUGGCCUAAUGAUAACAAUUGGUGCGAUGUAGCUCAGAGAUUUGGUAUGGCACGUAACUGCAAAUACAAGAUGUAUCAGUCAGAGAAUCAAAUACAGGAAAAACAACGUGUUGUGGAAAAUGUUCUGACUAUUGAUGUCUUUUUUGAAAACCUACGAAUUCAAUCUAUCGUUCAGCAUCCAACUUAUAAGCUCCAAACAUUUGUGGGUAGUUUGGGUGGUGCUUUAAGUCUAUACUUGGGUGUUACUCUCUUUAUGCUUCUUGAAGUCGUUGAGGUCUUUCUUAGACUGACUUUUGCACUGUGUCAUUAUGGAUUUUGCAUGAUAUAUCAGAGAGGAUCAACAGCAAUGCCAAAUAAAAAUCAUCGCCGAAACUUAAGAAAUGGAAUUUUCUACACAGAUUUUAGAUUUGGUCCUCCACGUCUCUCUUCUGGAAUGCAAUCUGUGAAACCUAUUAAAUUCGUUUGGUGAUUAUGUGAAUAAUAGAGUUUAAUACUAAUCUCAAUAUGUUUAUUUUGUUAAAUAAAAAAAUACACAAUAGUACGAAUUAAACAAAACUGCAGCACC